AUGGGUGGCACACCCGAGAAUUACUCCAUGUUGCAGGGGUUUGAGUGGAACGUCCCUGCCGACCAGAAACAUUGGACUCGAUUGCAGAGCGCAUUGCAAGACCUGAAGAAUAUUGGGAUAGACAACGUUUGGCUUCCUCCCGCCUGCAAAGGUCAGGGCGGCGGCGGGGCUAACGGUUAUGACAUUUAUGACUUAUACGACGUGGGCGAAUUUGAUCAAAAAGGCUCCAAAUCAACCAAAUGGGGCCCUAGAGAGGACCUGGAUCAAUUGAGCAGGAAAGCAAAGGAGCUGGGAAUUGGGCUGUACUUCGAUGCGGUGCUGAACCACAAGGCUGGUGCGGACAGGAAAGAGAAGUGCAGGGUCGUCGAGGUGGAUCAGAGUGACCGAAAUAAGGAGAUUGGGGAGCCGUUCGAAAUUGAGGCGUGGCUGGGCUUCGAUUUUCCUAGUCGCGGCGACAAAUACUCCGCUCAAAAGUACCACUGGGAGCACUUUUCAGGCACGGACUACGACGCAGCGACCGAAAGAACGGGCAUCUUUCGCAUACUCGGCGAGAACAAGCAUUGGUCCCAUUCCGUGGGAGACGAAGCAGGCAAUGCUGACUUCCUCAUGUUUGCCGACCUCGACUAUAGCCACCCAGAGGUUGCAAAGGACGUAAUCCACUGGAGCGAAUGGGUAGUUAACGAAUUCAAGCUGAAAGGGUUCCGGUUCGAUGCUUGCCAGCAUUUCUCCGAGCGCUUCACCAAUGAUUUGGUUCAACACCUGGAGGAAAAGUUCGGAGAGGGCCAGAUGUUUCUAGUUGGUGAGUACUGGUCUGACCAGACGCAAGAAAUGCUCGACUGGUUAAACCAUAUGCACCACCGCUUCACCCUGUAUGACUCGCCACUGGUGUAUUCCUUCUCGCAAAUUUCUAAGACCGAGAAGGCGGACCUCCGAAAAGUGUUCGACAACAGUCUUGUAAAAGCCAGGCCUGAAAGUGCGGUGACGGUGGUGAUGAAUCACGACACUCAGCCAGGGCAGACGGUGGAGACACCCAUUGAAGGCUUCUUCAAGCCGAUCGCCUACGCUCUGAUCUUGUUGAGGAGAGAAGGCUACCCGUGCGUCUUCUACGGCGAUCUCUAUGGCAUGAAGGGCAAACAGGCAGAGCCGCCGGCAUGCGGGGGGAAACUGCCUCAUCUCGUGCUUGCGAGGAAGCUUUUUGCGUACGGGGACCAGGACGACUACUUCGACGAGCAUCCAAACUGUAUCGGAUUCGUGCGCAGAGGUACCGAAGACAGGAAAUCCGGCCUUGCUUGUGUCAUGUCGAAUGCCGAACCAGGUACAAAGCGGAUGUUCGUGGGCAAGGAACAUGCAGGAGAACUCUGGACAGACGUGCUGGGCUGGCAGAAGGAAGAAGUCAAGAUCGACGAGGACGGGUUUGGAGAGUUCAUGUGUCCCGGCACGAGCGUUAGUGUCUGGGUAAGCAAGGAAGCAGAGGGCAGAGAUAAGAUCGACGCAUUGGACUUUGAUAGCGACAUUUACGCAAGAGCAUAA